CCCCCAUAUAUGCCUCAUGUACUCACUGUUCUCAAGGAGACUUGUCUGGACCUCUUUCGCAAGGAGCUCUGCAUCACACCCUUCACCUUUGACCGUGUCCUUGCCCGCAUCUGCAAUGAUCCCGUCUUCGCCAAUGAAUCCAACAACAAGCAGAUGCCCAUUGCUGAUCAACUGGCUAUUGCACUCUUCCGGUUUGGCCAUUCAGGCAAUGGUGUCCGCUUGACAAGGGUUGCCGCAUGGUCUGGAUAUGCCAAGGGCACCAUCCUCCUGGCGACCCGCCGAGUCUUGACAGCCAUCCUGCGAAAGGAGUUUAUGGAGGCCGCAGUUCCACCAGUGAUGGAGCAUGAGAAGGAGAGGGCUAAGCGUUGGGUGGAAGCACGCUCGUGUCGGGUGUGGCACAACGGCUGGCUGAUGGUCGAUGGCACGCUGAUCCCGUUGUACACACGCCCAUUCUGGUAUGGCGAGAGCUAUUUUGAUCGCAAGUGCAACUAUUCGAUGAACAUCCAG